AUGUCAAUUGUCGUAAAGAUCAACAAUCUCAGUGGACCUCUUUGCAGCAUCAAUGCUGAUCAAAACUGGACUGUCGCGGAGUUGAAGAUGGCCCUAGCAAAGGUGGUGGGUGUGCCUCGACGACAACAGCGCCUACUCUCUGGAUUCGCUCCGCUUCGCGAAUCUGAUCGCAUCGGCGACGUGUUGACCGACGAUCAGGUCACCUUCGCACGAAUUGCUGUGUCAGCUGAAGCUGAAUACUGGAUCGCCAGAGUUCGCCACCGCUCUGGAGAACUCAGCUCGGCGCCGGAUGCCAUGAAGAGAGACCACGAAGUUGUCCUCGCAGCAAUGCAGGGUGACAAGGCCGUCAUUCGCUUCGCAGCCCCGGAGCUCUUGAGCGACCGCGACUUUGCGGCAGCCGUUGUGGCUUGGUCCGGCGAGGCAUUGGAGCACUUGCUGCCAUCAUGGAAAGCUGACAAAACCAUCGUUCUCACUGCCAUCAAGCAGAGCCCCCGAGCCAUCCGUCAUGCGUCUGAUUCACUCAGAUCGCAAAAAGACUUCUUGAUCGAAGCCAUCAGCUGCAGCAAAGGCUUGGCUUUGCAGUCACUGAGUCAAGACCGAAUACAAGAUCGAGAGCUACAACAAGCUGCUGUAAGAGCAAACUGGAUGAUGCUGGGGUGGCUACGCAAGCAGGCCCCGAGCCUAAGCAAUGAUGCAGAGGUUGUGUUUGCGGCUGUGGCGAACAAUGGAUGCGCUCUGGAGUUUGCUUCCUCCGAGCUUCGCGACGACACAGCCUUGGUCGCCUUGGCACUGCAGCAAAGCCGGGGUGCGGCACUUCGCUGGGCUUCAGAGGCACGCCGUUCGGAGAGGGAGUUGGUCUACGAAGCUGUCGUGCUGGAUGCCACCAUGCUCCAAUAUGCAUCAGAGGACCUUCGCGGAGAUCCGGACAUCGUAAUGCAAGCAGUCCAGCGCAACGGCAAUGCGCUGCGGUACGCUGAUGCAGCAGUGCGAGGAGACCGUCGUGUGGUCGAGGCUGCCCUACAGCAGGCAGGUCCGCACGUCCUUGCCUUCGCUGGAGGAGAAGUCGCUGAGACGCUGCUCGCGGAGAUGAGUUGCUUCGACAUUUUUGCUGAAGGAUCAGCUUGA